GGGGCUCCUCCCCGGUAAAGCCGGGCCCGGUGCUGCGGUGCCGGUUCUGCCGCGGUUCCGGCCAAGCCCUGGUCCCUGAGCCCCUCUGGGGCCACCGCCCCCAGGCAGGACAGAGCCCCCCCUGCCCGCCCCGCCUUGACGAGGCUCCAAGGGCGUUUUCUCCUUGAGGCAUCCCCGAGAUGCUCCCGACCCUCCGGAGGGAAUCCAGCCCCGGGGCAGCCCGAGCUGCCUGGGAUCGUUCCCAGGCCGUGCUCCAGGGACCAGGGCUGCCUUCAGAGCCCCCAAACCGGGCAGGAAGCUGUGGGGCAGCCCCUCCCUGGGGGCACGUCCCCUUCUCUAAGCCCCAGCCCUUGUGCCAGGCCCUGCUGCAAGGUCACUGCCGCCCCUCUUCCCCCGGCUGUGCCUCUCUCCAGGUUUGUCCUGCCGUGUUUUUCCUUGACCAGGAGCGUGUUUGGUGCUUGCAGGGAGCUGGAUGGUGUGAAGAGAGGAGCUGCUGGCCUUUCCUGGGAGCCCUGGGCACUUCCAGCGAGGCAGCACCAUGCUGGCCCCAAAGAAAGGCCUCCUGUGCAACCUCAACCACAUCCACCUGCAGCACAUCUCCCUGGGGCUGCACCUCUCCCGGCACCCCGAGCUCCAGGAGGGCUCCACGGGCCAGGGGGAGCAGACGGGCUGCACGCAGUGCCCGGAGAACCGGGAGCCGGUGGAUGCCAAUUCCAACAAUCCCUCGGUGAAAUGUCGCUGCUGCGAGUCCCACGCUCCGGAGCCGGAGACGCUCGGGCUGCAGAACCCUGAGGAUUUCCCCUGCCUGCACAGCGGAGACGAGGAGGAGGAGGAGGCGGCUUCCCCUUGUGAUCCCCCUUGUGAUCUGGCUUCUUCCUCCUCCUCCUCCUCCUCCUCUGUCAGUAGCUGCUCGGAUUUCAGCUUGGAUGACUCGCCGGUCUCGGUGUACUGCAAGGAGUUCGCCAGAGCAGAGUCCCAGUCCCCUGACAAGCAGCUGAACGUCAUUCCCACAGAAAAUGCCUGGCAUGGAAAGCCUCUGGCUGAUGGAGAGCCUCUGGAUGAUGGAGAGCUUCUGGCUGAUGGAGAAUCUCUGGCUGGCCAGCACAGGACAUGCCAUGGGAGAGAUGCCAACCACAACUCCCCGGUGCCCCCGAGAGCCACCAAGAGCUCUGUGGCCAGCAAGAGCCCAGACAGCCUCUGCAGCAUCAACUCGCUCGAUUCUCACUGCGAGGAGCUCUCUCCCAGCACAGCGGCACCGGAGACCACCGGCACCUGCACCGACCUCGACCCCAACUGCAACCCCCUCCCCGAGCCCGAUGCGGCGCCCGCAGCCCCGCCGCCCGUGCCGGAACGGAGGGAUCCCGGUGUCCCGAGCAGCGCUCCGGAGCCGCGGCCCCGGCCCGGCGGGGUCCCUCCCCCGGUGCCCCCUCGGCCCCGGCGGCGGCUGCAGGUGCUGAACGCGCACAGAGCGGAGCAGCAGCUCGGGCCAGAGCCCAAGGCCAGCCCGGCUGAGCUCUGCAGAGACACGGCCACCAAGACCAUCACCUCCUUCCACGAGCUGGCCCAGAGGAGGAAGAGGAACGCGGCUGUGCCCGCGCCCGCCCAGGCCAGGGCUGACCGCAGUGACUGGCUGAUCGUGUUCUCGCCGGACACGGAGCUGCCCCCCGGCAGCGAGCUGCUCUCGGGCACGGCGGGCCAGGAGCCGGCCCGGCCCCAGCCCCAGCCGCAGGUGCAGCAGGACGGGCCGGCCCGGCCCCCCGGCCCCAGGCAGAGAGAGGUGACCACGUUCAAGGAGCUGCGGUCCCGCAGCGCCGCCCGGCAGCCCAAGGGCCCGCGGGCAGAGCCGGCCCAGCACCCCCCGGUGCCCCCGGUGCCCGCCCCGGGCUGGGGGCCCCCCGUGUCCCUGGGGGUGACACAGGGCCUGGCAGGCAGCGACGGGCACCAGACGAGGAGGAGAGCCCGGCCCAGCCUGCAGCCCAUCGCCGAGGGGCAGCCCAGGGAUGUGGAGAAGGGGCGGCUGCCCCCAGGGGAAAAGGGCAUGGGGACAGCCCCGCUCCGGGGGCUCGGGGGGCCCGGCGGGGACCCCGCGGUGCCACGGGCGGCACAGAGAGGAGAGGAGACCCGCACGGGGGCCAGGCCCGAGCCGCUCCCCGCCGGAGCCGCCGCCGGAGCCGCCGCUGGAGCCGCCCGGCCCGGAGGGGGAAGAGCGGAGGGGCCGCAUGGCGAGCAAGCGAAAGCGCUGCUGGUCGCCGUCAGCUCCGCUGUGGACAAGGUCAUCGCCCACUUCAGCACCGCACGGAACCUGGUGCAGAGGGCCCAGCUGGGGGACAGCCGGCUCAACCCCGACGUGGGCUACCUGCUGCUGCACACCCUGUGCCCUGCUCUCUACGCCUUGGUGGAGGACGGGCUGAAGCCUUUCCAGAAGGAUGUUAUCACAGGCCAGAGGAGAAACUCCCCCUGGAGCGUGGUGGAAGCCUCGGUGAAGACAGGCCCCAGCAGCCGCUCCCUGCACUCCUUGUGCUGGCACGUGGCCGGGCUGGCCCCUCUCAGCAGCAGCAGGCAGAAGUUCCACGCCUUCAUCCUCGGCCUUCUGAACAUUAAACAGCUGGAGUUGUGGAUAUCUCACCUGCAGAAGAGCCCAGGUGUGAUCUCCGUGCUUUACUCCCCCACGGCCUUCUUUGCCCUGAGCCAAGGCCCUCUGCCCCACCUUGCUGACGAGCUCCUGCUGCUCAUCCAGCCCCUCUCGGUGCUGACCUUCCACCUGGACUUGCUCUUUGAGCACCACCACCUCUCCGUGGACGUCCGGCCCUUGUCCCGCCGCCUGCUGUCCCCGCUGUCCCCCAGCCCCGUGCGGGGGUCCCUGGGGGGGCACAGCGGUGCUGCUGGGGACAGCCUGGAGGAUGAGACCCCCCCCGAUGCCCUGGGCAGGGUGGGGGGCACAGGGGGCCGCUCCCAAGCCGCCAUGGGUGGGUUGGUGCCUGCCCCACCGGUGGGGGCUGCCCUGCAGCAAACCCUGCAGCAGGUGCUGCGCUGGGGCGACCAGAUCAGCCGCACCUUGCUGGGCUCUGCCACCCCCCCGGAGAGCCAGGAGGGCACGGGGGGCACGGGGGGCACUGGGGCUGGCCUCAGUGGCUGGUGGGGCCAGCUGAGCCAGAGCUCCAGGGUUUACACUGCUGCCAGCAAGGAAAAGUCCCCCUCGGUCUGGUGGACGAAGCUGCGGGCAGGGGAACCCAGCCCGGGCCAGGCUGGGCAACCCCAAAUUUCCUUGAGUGAGCCCAGAGCCACGGAGCUGCAGCUCCUCCAGACCAAAACUGGCUCUGAACCCUCUCACCCAAAGCCCAGCAGCAGCACUGACACCUCAGGGAGCUCCUCCCCUGAAGAUCUCUUCUUGCCCACUGGAACCAGAGCGCUCACCAAGCUGGAUGAUCCCACUGCUGGAAAAAACCUCCUGGCUGCUUCCGCAGAGCCUCCUGCCAGCAGGAGCCAGGCAGAGAUGGCUGAUCCUCCCGGGGCUGACAGGGGCAGCUGGCUGGGCUGGCUCUUUGGAGCCACCAGCCCCUCGUGCAGGAGGAGCUUCCCCUGCAGCCCUGACGCCGCCUCGGGCAGGUCCAGGAGGCCGUCCCGCUGGCUGGCCCCCAGCCCCCGUGUCCUGGCCGGGGUGGUGAAGGGGCUGGCACCGGGCAGGAGCCGCAGCCCGGAGCCGCAACCGGGCAGGAGCGAGGCCGGCCUGGCCCCGGGGCGCAGGGCAGUCCGGGCACUGUGUGACCACACGGGCACGGCUGAUGGGCACCUGAGCUUCCACAAAGGGGACAUCCUGGAGCUUCUCUCCACCGUGGAUGAAGACUGGAUCCGCUGCUGCCAUGGCAACAGCACCGGCCUCGUUCCCGUUGGUUACACGUCCCUGAUUUUGUGAGGAGGAGGAGGAGGAGGAGGAGGAAGGGGCCUGAGGGAGCAGCCGAGCUCUCCGGAGCGGUGCCAGCUCUGGGUGUCUCCUGUCACCUCCAGAGCUUCCCCAGCUCCGGGGCUGGCGGCUCCCAGGGCACCCUGCCCUGUGCCUGUCACUGCUGCAUGAGGUCACCGUGUGCCACCGUGUCCCCCCAGCCCCUCCUUGGCAGCUCGGGGGUCUCUCAGCUGCUGCCCAGCCCCGUGUCACCUCCAUCCGUCCGUCCAUCCGUCUGUCCUGCCACCGCUGCCACCUCCAGUGCCCCGCCGUGCACUCUGUAAAUAAUUGUAACCACUGGAAUGAGCUCGUUCCGCCGGGAAAAAGCCGGAAAUAAAG